ACAGCUCCAACAUAAAGGUCUGUUAUCUCACUCAGGUCUCAGCCCCUCCAUCCUGACUCAACACCCUGAUCUGCAGCACUGGCUCUCUAAGCAGAAUGGCUUGGCUUGCCUGGGUGCUCUUUGGCAUGCAGGUGCUUUGCUCCUGCACUGCUGCCCCCCCAGCCCCAGGGGCAGGGGCUGCCCUGCUGUGCCCUCGCUGCGAUGACGCCGCAGUGGAGGCGGCUGCAGACCUGGCUCUGCGCCACAUCAACGCUGACCGAGAGGAGGGCUACGUGCUCAGCCUCUACAGGAUCGUCAGCGCCCGAGAGCAGCCCCAGGAGAUCACUGGUUCUGUCUUCUAUCUCAUCUUGGAUGUAGUAGAUACUGAGUGCCACGUACUCAGCAAAAAGUUGUGGAAGAACUGUAAUCUCAGAUCUGCUCAUUCAACCGUUUACGGUCAAUGCAAAGCAAUUAUCUAUAUAAAUCAGGCAAGAAAUAUUACUCAUCUGAAUACUUAUGAGUGCACUUUACAACCAGUUCCAGGCAAAUAUAUUUGGUCAAUAUGUCCCGACUGCCCCAUUGAUGGUUCUCCAACCAAGCCUGAAUACUUGGAGGCUGCUGCCCGAAGCCUUGCCAAGUUCAAUGCAGAGAGUGAACAAACUCAUUACUUCUCUGUCCUCAAUGUCACAAGAGCUUCAAUGCAGUGGGUUGUUGGUCCUGCACAUUUUGUGGAGUUUUUAAUUCAGGAGACAUCUUGCUCCAAAGAUGACAAGGUUGCUGACAUCUCAAUGUGUGAGCCACUUCCACCAGAAGUAGCUAAAAUCGGUUUUUGCAAAGGCUCUGUAGUAAAAGGCCAUGUGGAACAGUUUGUCACAACAUCCUGUGAAAUCUACAGUCAGCAGGAACCUGCCACUGAAGAGGAAAACCAGGAAGCUAAUCAGACACCUGGAAAAUCCACACAGGAUCAACAGGCUUCCCCUUCAGAUGCCAAUUCUUUUUCCCCACACCUGGAAAAAACAGUGGGCUGGGUUAAAAUUCUACCCCCUUCCAAUGAGGACAUCACUUUCCAUAGCCUACGAGAAAGUCAAAAUGAACAUAAAGACAGAAAGCCAGUUCCUCCUAAGGCUGUAGAAUCUGCCCAAAGGUGUGAUGGAGAAAAUACUCAAGUAAACAAACCAGACUUGACCAAAUCAGUCACUGGACCAGUUUUUCUCCCUUUUCCUGAAGAACCUUCUCCAUCAGAUUCAUGUCCAGGAGAAGCAAAGCAUCCAGAAGGCAUUCUCCAUCCUUUGAUUACCAGAAAGCCGGCCACAGUCUAGCCAGCACCGAAGCACCUCAACUAUCUGUAACAAAAUAACAGCAAAAUGGCAACAUGGUUUUCAAUUUGUGCAACACCUUCAAAUAAAAAAAGAGUUUGAUACAGUGUUCACCUUUAGCAUUCUGAGUUUUAUGAAAGCACAAGAACAGAUCGGGAAAAGAAAUUUAACAGAGGCAUUUUCCAGCUACAGUAUUUGGCUUUUAAUUCUCAAAUUCUCCCCAUCAAGCAGAGCAUGAAGGAAAGGUAACUGUGGAGGAUAAAAGAACUUGCAAGUCUGGGACAGCCCAAAGACAUCAGAAAAAAAAUAUCCUUGGUAGCAAAAUCUGUCAAGGCCCAGAGGGGAAUGGCUGCUCCCCAGGGGAUGGGGAGAUGAGCCAAGUGCGACUAUCAGGCUGGCGGGGCAGAGACCUGUCCUGUGGUGCCUGAGGGAGGCGAGCAGGGCACAGCCAGGCAUGGAAGUCAGGUUAUUGAAAGAGCCAGGUCGCCAGUCAGGGGCAGUCUUGACUGCCAGGUCGCACCAGCCAGAUGUCAGUCCAGGAGCAGGAGGCAGGCCUGAGGGCAAGCCCUGAACGCGAGUGAGCAAGGCAUGGUCAGGGCUGGAGUGGUCAUGGCAGCGAGUCAGGCACAGCCCAGCACUGUCCCAGCAAGUCCACAGUGACCAGACAGUGUGAGGGACGUGGGGCUGUGGGUUGGGACCUGCCCCUCCAUCUGUGGGUCUGCCCCUGCCUCUGUACCUGGGGCCAGGCACAGGCACGGCAGUGAUGCAGCAGGAGCUGCAGCUCGGGCAGGGCACAAACGCUGCAGCCUCAGCCCGAAGCAGCUCCUGAGGGAAGUGGGGCCGUGGCCUCCCCCAGCACUGCCCAGGAGCCCGUCCCCAAGGCCACCUGUCCCCAAGGCCACCAAGGAACAGCCCUGGCGCGCUGAGCCUGGCACCCCGCACCAAACCCCCCUGGAGAUGCCACACUCUCGGGGCCUUAGAGGGUCACAGCAUAGAACAGGGCAUGGACAGGGAACAGCAAUGCAGCAAUGGGUAGCAUUAAAAGCUAGUGAGGUUUUGCUAUUUUGUGGGUAAACUCAAUUAUAAUGUGAAGAGCCUAACCUAUUUAGUAUUUCCCGUAGAAAACCUCAAGAAAGAUUUUUUUUUCUUAAUGCUUCAUACCUCACUUAAAGCAUGUGGAAGAGCCUACCCACAUGUGAAGCCUCUGCACAUAAUUCUGGCUGGUGAAGAAUCAAACCCAGGCUGUUGAGAUUGUUAUGCUCUAGUGAUGCUGCUGUGCAGGAAAAACAAUGGUUUAAAAAAGCAGCCUAAUUCUUUCUUGAGAUAGGUCAUAUUAACUGCUUUAUAAUAAAAGCCACAGGGACACUCGACAGCAUGCAGCCAAGAAAAAUCAAUUUCACUAAAGUCAGACAUGGUAAUUGUACUGACAAAAACAAACAUAAAUAAAUGAGAAGACAAGAAGAAAAAGAAUGAACAGAGGAAAGAAAUGUCAUCUGUGGCCAGGAGUACACUGAUAUUUGCAAUAAUUAAGGGGUUUGUAUGAGACCAUAAAGCCUUUUUCCAGUUGCCACCAGAUCUGUAAGACCAUUUCUUCAAAACAAAAUCAAUAAAAUAUUGUUUCAAGCUUUUAUGAGCUGUAUCAUCCCUAGAGAUCCUGGAUAAUUUCUACAUUUAAAGAGACUUCCAACAAAGAACUAUAGUUUUGUCAAAGCA